CUCCUCCAGGAAGCCUUCCUCCAGGCACAGAAGCCCAACCCCUCUCACCAGGGCCCUCGCCCGCUAGUCCUCCAGGCCCCGCCUUUUUUGCGACCCCCGUUGUGCUGCUGAACCCGACGAGCAGGAUUGACAGUGAACCCCACGUAGACGCGGCCCCGGUGCCGGGGGUUCAGGCAGUAGAGCAGGUAGACGCCGAAGAAGCGCCUCGGCCUCGCUGCGACCCCCGCGGGACCCAUCGGGCCUCGGGGUUAGGGAACAGCAGCAGAGGGCUGACUGCCGUGACCUAGUGCCCAGGGGAGGGCUGGAUCGCUAGGGCUGCAGGGUGCUUGCUUCUCAAUAAGCUCUCAGGGACUAUCCCGCGGCUGCCUGAAGGCCGCCGUGGUGCGGGUUCGUACUCCUCUCCGGUCUAGAGGCGGGUGUAGAAGUCCAACCUCGGAAGCCAGGCUGCGGUGCAGGCGGCGAGCACCUGCCAAUCAGCAUCGGCUCCGCCUGAGUCCCACCUUCUGAGGACUCUGAUUGGCUGACGGAUGGCAGGCGCGAAAAGCCCAGACCGUUGGAAAGCGCGAGCGCUUGAGGGCGGAAGUACUGCGUCGACAUACGCCUUAGUAAGGGCGGAAGUGGCUUCCCCAGCGGAAGUGGCUCCUGUAAGGGCGCAAAGCAGCGUGGCCGGGGUCCUAGCUGGGGUUCUAUCCCCUCUGGGCUGCCGCCCCGGCUGGCAUACCGCCAUGGAACUCAGCGCCGAAUACCUUCGGGAGAAGCUGCAGCGGGACCUGGAGGCGGAGCAUGUGGAGGUGGAGGACACGACCCUCAACCGUUGCGCCUGUAGCUUCCGAGUCCUGGUGGUGUCGGCCAAGUUCGAAGGGAAGCCGCUGCUUCAGAGACACCGGCUGGUGAACGCGUGCCUAGCAGAAGAGCUCCCGCACAUCCAUGCCUUCGAACAGAAAACCCUGACCCCGGAGCAGUGGGCCCGUGAGCGGCAGAAAUGAGGGACUAGGACCUGCACAGCCAUUAAAUUAUAAAUCUGGGCCA